CGGUCGCCAUUCGCCAACCCAACGCGAUUCUAGCGUCGCCGAUUAUUCCUUUGAAACGUAUACCUCCGAAGUUAGUUUUCGUUCGUCUCUUACGUAGAACGAACCGUACGGGAAGUCAGUCGCUUAAAUGGCUCCUACAAGUUUUACGAUCUCUUCGUAAAAUAUUUCGAUUCUUAAAAAGUCGCGUCCGAGCCCGAAGCUUUCACAUAAAUAAUGAAACCUUUCAACAUUUUUUUCGUUCUUUUCGUAUCUUUAAAUUACUAUGCAUCUGCCGGACCGAAACAGAAAGAUAAAACAGAAGUCCAGAAAGCUAUUGAUUGGCUGAUGGCGCAAAGACAAAAGAAUUAUGGCUGGGGCGAUGGACUAGAUACAGCGCAAGCCUUGCUGGCCGUUGAAUUAACAAAAUCCAGCACGAAUUUCGAAAGAAAACUCAGCGCAAAACAAUUGGAAAUCGAUUUGAUUUUAAAUCUAUGGCAUCACGAUGAUCCUGACGCAGUGCCAAUUGAUAGUGAAAGACUGACCAUAGGAAAUAUCGCUUUAUACUGUUUAGCCUUAAUUGCAGCAUGUAGUGAUCCAAGAUUUUUUCACGGGCAUGAUUUAAUUGGAUCUCUUUUACACCACGAAGCCAAUUCAGAUUUAGACUUUGCCGUGAGUUCAUUAGCAGCUUGUAAAGCAGGAGCUCACGUUAGAAAAAGGCAUUUGCGUCGUUUAAUUGAGAUCACAAACGGCAAGCAUAACGUUGAGGUUUUGAGUAAAGCGAUAUUGGCUUUACAAUGUGUAGAACGUGAUCAUAGGAACAGGAAUGUCAAACCAUUGUUGAAAAAACCAUUAAUGACAUUGGCGAUGAUGCAACAAGCUGAUGGUGGAUUUGGUAGUUUGCAUACAACUGCUGUAGCCACUCAGGCUUUGCAAGAAGGUAAGGCUAUUUGGAACAGAACUGGGGCAGUUUCUUGGUUAUUGAAUCACCAAGGGCCGGAUGGUGCAUUUUUUGAUAUAUCUACCACAGCUGAAGUCAUCAUAGCUCUCGCAAAUAACGGAGUUAAUUCAUUCAAAGAAGAUAACUGCGACGAUCAACUAGACUCCAGUGAACGUACAGAAAUCGGAACUGCCGUAAUCACUCCAUAUAUGGUGGAUUCAGAUAACGUUACUGUAACUAAAAUGAAUAAAACUAUCGAAAAAAAUUACACAACCGAAGAACCUGAAAUUAGUAACCCUGCUAAUAUAACAGUGACUUAUUCUAUCUGGGUUGGAAGCAAUGUGUCUGAAAAGCACAGUCUUAAUAUAACCGUAGAUCAUAAUGAAACGUUUUAUGAAAUCAUGGAACGAGCUGCUGCAGUGGAUAACAGAUACACGUUUUCAGCCACAGAAUGGCCUAAUGGACAUUAUGUUCACACAUUAUAUGGAUUCAAAGAAGAACCAAUGAGUUAUCAUUAUUGGCUAUUGUACAGGUUGUCGGAAUUUCCUGAUCCCAAAAAUCCGCCCGGAAAUCAACUAGUGGCUCCUACAGGCGUCGAUGAUCUGAUAAUAAAAGACGGUGAACAUUAUUUAUUUUGGUAUAAAAAAUUAUGAAAAAAUUUGUUACCAGCUUUUAUUGCUUUGAUGCCAGAGAAUUUUUUCAAUUCUUAGGUUGUAAUUUAUAAUAUUUUUCGUUUACUAAUAUUUUUCAUGUGUACUCAUCGUCUAAUUUUACGUUCAUUAUGUUGUGUAAAUAGGUAGCGGGUACUUGCAUUUUUUUUUUUUUUUACUGUGUAUUACCUAUAGUUUAUGAAAGUAGGUGAGUACCCAUCCAUUUAACUGUAGCGAACUGGUAUUCUGAGGCUACGUAACUUAUUCGUAUCGCACGAAACCGUCAUCUUCUUUUGAUUCCUCUUUUCUAAUUAUUCGUAUUUUAAUUUUAAAUACAUAUUAAUUUUUACGUA